AGCAGUAUAAUCGAGAAAAAUGGAUUCUACGUACUUGGAGACGGUUUUCAGUGAAAUGCGGUCAUUAUUCACAGAAGAGUGAAAAGACUAUAUCCCUGUGAGUGUUAGGGUGUGUGCUCUAUUCUCCAAUUUUAUUUUGCAAGUCAAAUCCAAAAAUAAAUAAAUGUACAAAGGGAGACUGGGAAUUGAAUUGUGAAAAAUCAAGGCACCACUGUACGACAAGUUCUGGUUUUACGUCACAAAAGUCAACCUCUCAAUAUGAUCACAACAAUAAACACAUUCAAUCAAUACGUACAUUGGUCCCCCAAAAAUGUGUCCUGUAAAAUUGUCUUGUGAUGACACCCUGUGGCCUGUAGGUGGCGUGGUCUAAUAAACGCACAAGUGGCAACAGCUCCUGGCCCUCUAAUCCUCAGAUUAGCGCGAGUUAAUCUGAGGUGCACAAGAGUGCCCUCCCACACCCCCACGUGCUCCCCAAAGGCCUGCCUCCCAUAAUUCCCACUAAUGCGGAUCACGUCCAGGACGUUCUGGUGCACUCAUCCUGGUGAACGAGCAUCCUGCAAAGUGAGUGACGUGCGCGUGGAAAGGGAUGACAAGCGCACCGGACCUGAAGAUUCUGGUACUGCUAUAGUGGACCUCGUGGAGGCACGUGACGGACGGACCAUGACCCGCUCAACUGACAUCCAGGUGGUUGGCGGGUUACUUGGCAUCGGAUGGUAACGGCUCCAAAAUGACUUGCUAUGGCUCGGCCCUCAAUCGCAGCCAGUCGCUGGCGAGCGGCCUGGAGAAGUCGUCGCCCACGUGGUCCAAAGCUCCCCACUCCCGCAGCAGCAGCACGCUGUCGUCUCGACACUCGCGACAGCACGUCAAAGACUGGGAAGUGGUUGACGACGUCCAAAUCGACGCGAGCGCUGGGGGGGAACAUCCUCAGGAGAUGAGCGCUCCGGGCAUCUGUGAAGGUUAUCUUCUCAAGAGGAGGAAGUGGCCGCUUAAAGGCUGGCACAAGAGAUACUUUGUACUGGAGGGAGGGGUCUUGAGAUACUGUAAAAAUCAACAAGAUGUGUCGAUAGGAAGAGUGCAGGGCUCUCUGGACAUCAGCAGCGCUGUCAUGUCCAUCAACAAGAAGUCCAAUCGGAUUGACUUGGACGCAGGGGACAUUCUGUAUCACAUGAAGGCAAAGAGCCACGAGCUCUUCUACAUUUGGGUGACCAAGCUGCAGGCACAGUGAUCAUACAGGAAGAGCGAGGCGGCUGCGGCUGCGGCGGUGGCGGCGGCGGCGUGGCACGGCGUCAUCCACAACGGACACGUGCCCACGCUCACGCCCGAUGCCGGCUUCCUUGGCGGGCAGCCAAAAUGUUUCCCGCAGACCUCGGCCAAGGCCGCCGUCAACAACAAAGUGUCGGCGUGGCUGCAGCAGAGUCCCGCUCCCGACACCUGUGUUCAAGAACUGAACCGUUGCAAUUUGGACCUUCACGAACUGACCCGGCUGAUCCAGAGGCUGCAGCUGCUGCAGGCGGGUCAGACGUUCACGAAUGGGGACCUGCAGCGAAUCAUCAGCACGCAGAAUCUUUCCCUGGAGAAGCCAAAGAAGCAAAUGCCAGGAAGAGGGUGGGGUCACUCUCGCACCCUUUCCAGAGUGGAAGCGCUGGGAAUGUUGUCCUCCGGCCCUCUGAGCAGCUCCUCCCACUUCGGCGCCUCCGUUCCCUCCAUCCCGGACUACGUCUACUCCCAGCUGGCCCCCCUCGACGCUGCCUCAUCCGCAGAGGGCAAGAAGAUCCAGCAGGACAUCUGUGCCGUGUCGCUGCGAGUCCUGGCUACGCUCCAAACGGUCCACCAGUCCUUGUGUCAAGAGAGGCAGAAACUGCAAGAAGUCUGGGAAAACCACACGGAAGAACUGGCGGCGGGGAGACGUUCAUCCCACAGGCCCCCUUCGGCGGCUGACUCCACGGCCGAGUAUUUCGACGCCAGCGACGACUUCCUGCUCGGGAGCUCCUCUGACGUGUCGGAUGAGUCGGGACUGAGCGACGGAAGCACGUCCAACUCGGAGCCGGAAGAAGGACAUUUGUCCGCCACCCGAAAGUACCGCGCCAGCAUUUCCAGGACUCCUCACAGUGUCGCUCCCAAGAGCAGCGGCCGGCGAACGUCGCUUCCCGCGCCGUGUCCGGACAACAGUCACGUGGGCCUCAUGGCCAUCCUCUACAAUAACAUCGGUAAAGACUUGGCUCGCGUGUCCAUGCCGGCCGCUCUCAACGAGCCCGUCAACCUGCUGCAGCGACUGUGCGAGGAGCUGGAGUACAGCCAGCUGCUGGACACCGCCGGUGCCACCGCAGACCCUUACCAGAGGAUGGUCUACAUCGCCGCCUUCGCCAUCUCGGGCUACUCCACCGCCACCUUCCGAAACCGCUACAAGCCCUUCAACCCCGUCUUGGGGGAGACCUACGAGUGCGUGCGGGACGACCUCGGCUUCCGCUUCAUCGGCGAGCAGGUGUGCCACCAUCCUCCCAUCUCCGCCUGCCACGCAGAAUCCGAGAACUUCUCCUUCUGGCAAGACCAGAGGUGGAAGAACAAAUUUUGGGGCAAGUCGCUGGAGAUCGUGCCGUCUGGGAUGGUGAACGUGACCAUUCCCAGGUAUGGAGACCACUACGAGUGGAACAAAGUGGUGACGUGCAUCCACAACGUGCUGAGUCAGCAGCGCUACCUCGAACAUUACGGCGAAGUCACCAUCCGCAACCUGAAGAGCAACGCGUGCACCUGCAAGAUCACUUUUGUCAAGUCUCGCUACUGGGGCUCAGAAGCCAACAAGAACGAGGUCCAGGGCUCCGUACUGGACCAAAGCGGCAGCGUCAUCCACCGCUUUGGAGGUCUGUGGCACGAGGGAAUCUUCUGUGACACGCUGCCAACCCCCAAGUGCGUCUGGAAGCCAAAUCCUCCACCCAAAGACCACCUGAUUUACUACGGCUUCUCCGCCUUCGCCAUGGAGCUCAAUCAGCUCACGGCCGACCUCAAACAUCUGCUGCCCCCUACUGACAGUCGCCUGCGCCCCGACCAGAGGAUGCUGGAGGAGGGCCGAGUGGAAGAGACGGACAGAAAGAAAGACGAGAUCGAGGAGCUGCAGAGGGAAAGAAGGAAGGAGCUCGCCAAGAAAGGAGAGGAGCACGUGCCGGCUUUCUUCAAAAAAGCCAAGGACAGUUGCGGGCGUGAUGUGUGGCUGACAAACGGGACUUACUGGAAACUCCGAGAGGAUCCCGGCUUUGCAAAGCUCCCGUGUGUCACGCUGUGGUGACGUUAGCGGCGCGCAAAAAAACAAACCAACCAAAAAAACAAUAAUAAUCAUAAAAAACAAGCACAUGUGAUCCGCUGCAUAGCUCAGCGCUGAUGUGCUCAGCCUCUCCCGCCGUGACUGGGAUCAUGACAGCAUAUCACCGUUUAUAAAAACGGUUUCUUUCUCAUUUUAGACAAAGACAGUCUUGAAAUGGACUUUUUGAUGCCUUGUAUGCAGAUAGGCGGGUCUCCACAAGGUUUGCUCUGAGCGACCAAUCAGAGGACGAAAGGACGUUUGGUGACACGAGGGCCGGCUUGCUGGACUUGUGAGGACAAAUUUCAAAUCUGGUUGGUUCAAGAAGCAGUCCGACUGAGACUACUGCUUAAGCUACAUCGGCCGGAAUGACCAAUUGUGAAGGGCGGAUUAGAUUGACAUGGUUACAGAGAUGUUGAAAUACGAUUGGACAAAAAAAAAAAAAAAUCGAACAUUGUCAGACGCAUGUUGCAGCCAAAUGAAAGUAUGCGACAGACUUUUAUUGUUAAGACCCAUGCAAACUGUGGGGUGAAAAAAGUGCAUACUAUGUCUCCUUUAAAACUUUAUUUGAUUCGAAAAAAAAAACAACAGUACUGUACAAUGAUACUCAAUUGUGCCACCUUGAAUAAGUAACACUUGUCCCUUUUAGAAAACUCCCUACAUAAAUUGCGCUUGACGGGAAGAUUAUUGCUCAUUUCAUCUUUCAAAUAUGCAAAGCAGCUCUUUUUUUAAAAAUAAUAUAGAUUUUUUUUUUUUUUUUUUUUUUUUUUUUUAAUAUGUGUGAUGCUGCUGUGACCUCGGAGUGUGAUUGCAAUCGCGCUAACGUGAAACGUGGAUUAACGUGCUCUCAUGUUAAUUUUGAGUCCCCAUUGAAGCAAACAAAAGUUGAACCUUCCACCUCACGAUCGCCUGAGAUGGACGGCAAAAGUUUUGGGAACCCCUGGUGUACGGCAAGGUGGGCCAGAACUAAGAUUUUAGAAAUGCUGAGGGUCCAUCCCUUCUUUCCAAUUUGAGCAGAAUUAAAAAAAAAAAAAAAA